AUGCGGCGACUUGUACUCUACUUAUUAGUAUUCGGCGGAAGCUCUGUUUAUGCUUCGAAUAUUCCUUGUGGAAAGUCAUUCAUCCCGUGUGAAAAUGAUAUUCUCAAUCAUCAACAGGGAUUGAUCGAUGAAGGAGCAUUUGUAUCUCAUCGAGUCCCAGACGGGCUUCUCUUCGUAGCUGCCAAGGAAGGAGAACGAGAAUCAGCGAAACUUUUUGACUUCCGAGAUGUUGCAUUCCAAUACUCUGGACACCCUCUAUCUACAUCAACUUCUCAGUUCACCAGAAUUCACAAAGCCGAUAAGAAAGCCUCGGAUCGAAGCAGAUCCGCUUUCACUUCAUUGGCUAUCACAAAGAGAUUGACAGCACUAGGCCUUCGUGAAAGAGAGUUAAAGUACGGUCUACCACCUAACCAAAUCUCCUCAACCAUCUCCAACUGCCCAAUUCCAACAAUCGAUCAUUGCUUUGCCACCAAUUACCGAUCAUUCUCUGGUAUCUGCAACAAUGUAGCACAUCCAGAAUGGGGAGCAUCUCAUACUCCAAUGGCCAGAAUCAUGAGACCAGACUACUCUGAUGGAGUUUCUGAGCCAAGAACUGCUGCAGCCAGUAAACCAUUACCAUCGGUCAGAAGUCUUUCAUUAACUCUUUUCACUCCAAGGGGAGAGGUUCACUCUGAAGUGACAACAAUGAUGGGUCUUUGGAUGCAAUUGAUCUCUUCUGACAUGGUCAAUGUCGUUUCUUUUCAAGCUGUAAACGAGGGAACGUCGUCCGCCUUGCCAUGUUGCAAACGAGGAUUUAAUCAUUCCGAAUGCGAUGCCAUUGAUAUACCAGCAGCUGAUCCAGCAUACAGAACUAGACUGAACUGUAUCCCACACGCCCGAUCAAUAAUCGCUCCGAGGGAAGCAUGUCGAUUGGGGCCAAGAGAACAGGCGAAUUUCGCUUCAUCUUAUCUUGAUGCUUCAUUUAUUUAUGGAUCCAAUAUGGAAAAGGCAAAACAAUUGAGAACUUUUAGAAAUGGACAACUCCGAACUGCUGGAAGCAUCGGAGAGCUUCCAGCUACCGAUGCAACCCUCCAAUGCCAGGCCACUCAUUCCAGAUGUGCUCUUUCUGGAACAGAUGAAGUGAACAUCCUCCCAAGUGUAGCUGCUCUACAUACCGUCUUUAUUCGUCAUCACAACCGUCUUGCUGAUAAUCUCAGAUCAAUCAACCGUCACUGGACUGACGAUAAACUGUACGAAGAAGCCAGAAAGAUUGUGUCAGCUCAAGUUCAACACAUCACUUACAAUGAGUUCUUACCAGUUCUUUUGGGAAGAGAAAACAUGAGAAAUUAUGGAUUGAACUUGCAUUCAGCUGGAUUCGAUUCAAAUUAUGAAAUGAAUUUGGAAGGAACCACUUUCAAUGAGUUUGCAGUGACAGUUCCAUAUUACUUCUGGGCACUUCUUCCUUCUGAGAAAUCGUUUGUCGAUUUCAAUAAUCCAUCGAGACUUUAUGAGCAAGGACCAAUCCAAAUCAUUCGUCAAUUGUUGAAUACCAAUAUCUAUCAGCCGACACUCCGUGCAAAUGACGAAGUUAAAAGUGGAUUCUUGAAGGAUAAUCAUGAAUUUGGAUUAGAUUUGAUUUCGAUUGCUUUGAAACAAGGAAGAGAUCACGGAAUUCCUGGAUACACUGCAUUAAGAGCAAGUUGUGGAUUGGGAAGAAUCGCUUCUUUCAACGAUCUCCGUGAAAUUUUCCUUCCUGAGGUCAAGUUUGAACACCUCUCGUCUGCCUAUCAACGAGUGGAAGAUAUUGAUCUUUUGGUUGGAGUUCUUGCCGAGAAGCCACUGAAAGGAUCUCUUGUUGGACCAACAAUGGCUUGUAUCAUUGGAAAACAGAUGCAGAGAACAAGAAGAGCUGAUCGUUUCUGGUACGAGAACUAUUUCGCUCAAUCUGGAUUCAGUGAGGGCCAACUUUCUGAGAUAAGAAACACCAAGUUGGCUGAAAUUAUCUGUUCUAAUAUUGAUAUUCGAAGAAUUCAAAGAAAUGUUUUCUUCAGAGAAGACGUUUUCGACAACAUGGCAAUCUCUUGCAACUCAACCGUAUUGAGUAGCCCUGACUUCAAUGAAUGGAGAGAUGCGGAAGGAAAACCAGUAUUCCCAAUCCGUCAAGAAACUAUUGAAAAAGUAAUAAGCUUAGCCAAAAGAAAUCUUAAGGAUCAAGAGAGAAGAGAGAUUUCGAAUUUGAAACAUAAUCAAGGAAGAUUCCAAAAGGGAGACCCACUUUUUGCCUAUUCGAACAUGAUGAGAGCCAAGGAAGGAGCAAAACAAGUCUCUCAGAUUUCUGCUCUUCUUUUGGAGACAACAAAGUUAUUGAUUAAAGGAGAAGGACUUGAUACUGAUGAACAAUUGCCAAAGUUGGAUACAAAUACUCUUCAAAAGAUUCUUCCGGAUAUUGAUGUCACUUCAUUUGUCAAUAAUUACACCGCUUUCCUUUCUGAAGAUGGACAAGCAAGUCAAGAAGAAUGCAGUCCAAAAAUGCUUCCAUGUGACCAUACAACUCGAUACCGUACCUUCAAUGGAUGGUGUAACAACUUGAAGUUCCCAGAAUAUGCCAACUCAUUCGCUCCACUCCGCCACGUCCUUCCACCUCAAUACGACGACGGAUUCGAUGCCCCGCGUACUCGUGCCAAGUCAGGAAGAUCUCUUCCAAAUCCACGUCGAAUCUCGAACCUUGUAUGUGAAGAUAAAGAUGUAUCUCAUGUGAAAUUCACUCACAUGGUCAUGCAGUUCGGACAACUUUUGGAUCACGAAUUGACUCAUUCGCCAGUUGCUCGUGGGCCAAAUGACGAGAUUUUGAAUUGUACCAAGUGUGAUUCCCCCGAAAAGAUUUCAGUUCACUGUAUGCCAAUUCGAGUUGAGAAAGACGACCCAUUCUUCCCAACCAACUAUCCAAAUGGAGAACCACGUUGUCUUCCAUUCGCUCGUUCUCUUCUUGGACAACUGAAUCUUGGAUACCGUAAUCAGUUGAAUCAACUCACCGCCUACGUAGAUGGUUCUGCAAUUUAUGGAUCCACGAAAUGCGAAGCGAAGGCGUUGAGACUUUUCACUCGCGGUCUUCUCAAUUUCACUGAUUUCGGUCACGGACAAAUGAUGUUGCCUCAAGGAAAUCAAGAGAAAGAUUGCCGAUCAUCUCAAGAGAAGAGAUCGAUGCCAUGCUUCGUGGCAGGCGAUGAGAGAAAUUCCCAUCAACCUGGAUUGACAAUUAUGCACACUUUCAUGGUCAGAGAGCAUAAUCGUAUUGCAAUGCAAUUGUCUGCAUUAAAUCCACACUGGAAUGAUGAUACUGUAUUUGAGGAGACUCGUCGUAUUGUUGUUGCUGAGAUGCAACAUAUCACUUUCGCUGAAUUCCUUCCCAAAAUCAUUGGAUUGGAUCUUCUCAACGCACAGAAUUUGGUUCCUAAGAAAAAUGGAUAUUUCGGUGGAUACGAUGACACUUGUGAUGCAUCAAUCUCUCAACCAUUCGCCACUGCUGCAUUCCGAUUUGGGCAUACAUUGAUCCGAAGAAUGUUCCCAAGAAUGAAUUACAACUACAAGAAUAUGAGUGAACCUGUUGAUUUGGCACAACAUUUCGGACACGUCGGACCAUUAUAUGAACAAGAAAAGGGAGGCAUGGAUGCAAUGUUGAUGGGACUUCUCGGAACACCUUCAAUGGCGUUCGAUCGACAUAUUACAGAUGCUGUCAGAAAUCACUUAUUCAUGAGAAGAGGAGAGAAAACGAGUGGAAUGGAUCUGAUUGUUUUGAAUAUUUUGAGAGCAAGAGAUCAUGGAGUACAGCCAUAUAAUGAUCUUAGAGAGUUCUGCGGACUGAGGAGGGCAGUAAAAUGGGAUGAUUUGAAGAGUGAAAUGGAUCAAGAUAACAUCAAUAUUCUUCAAUCACUCUAUGAAUCAGUUGAUGAUAUUGAUCUGUUCCCAGGACUUGUCAGUGAGCGUCCGUUGAGAGGAGCUCUUCUGGGAACAACAAUGUCAUGUAUCAUUGCUGAACAGUUCGGAAGACUCAAGAAAUGUGAUCGAUUCUAUUAUGAGAAUGAUAAUAAUGCUGCCAAAUUUACUCCAGGGCAGUUGAAUGAAAUCAGAAAAGUGAAAUUGGCGUCGAUUUUCUGUUCGAACAGUAAAUAUUUGAAAACUAUUCAACCAAAUGUAUUCGAUGUAACCGACGAGUUGACAAAUGCUCAAGUACCAUGCUCAGAUAUCCCUCAAGUUGAUCUAUCCCUCUGGAAAGAAAGAAAGACUUGCGAAAUGAAUGGAAGAAGCAUCGCAUUGGGAGAUUCAGUGCACAUGACACCUUGUGUAACAUGCACUUGUACUCUAGAAGGUGUCGCAUGUAAUCCAACCAAAGUGGACAGUUGUGAAAAGCUGACACACAAAUACCUGCUGACCGACAUCGCAAAAGACACAUCAUGUAUGAUUCAGUGCACUGAUUACAUGAAGAGGGUGUAA